AAGGAGAUGCUGACAGGACAGAGGCUCUGCCACUCAAAGUCCCACCAGGACUCGGUUCUCUCUGCCCUCAACCAGCAGAGGAAGGAUGGCCUGCUGUGCGACGUCACGCUCGUCGCCGGGGAGCAGAAGUUUCAUGCCCACAAAGCCGUCCUGGCAGCGUGCAGCGAUUACUUCAGGGCCAUGUUCAGCCUGUGCAUGUUGGAGAGUGAAGCUGAUGAAGUGACUCUGCAGGGAGUGACCAGCGUUGGACUCAAGCAUGCUUUAGACUUCGCCUACACUGGACAGAUCCUGCUGGAGCCGGCUGUGAUCCAGGACGUCCUGUCUGCAGGCAGCCACCUGCAGCUGCUGGAGCUGCUCAGCCUCUGCUCGCACUACCUCGUCCAGGAACUGAGCAGCGUGAACUACCUGGAGCUGUACCGCGUGGCCGACCUGUUCCACCUGCCGGCCCUGGAGCAGGCCGUGGUGGAGUUCCUGGUGGAGCAUCUGUCCGAGCUGAGCCAGAGCCGGCAGGACGAGGCCCUGCAGCUGCCGUACCGCCUCCUCCGAGAGGUGCUGAAGAGCGACCGCCUCACCUCCCUCAGCGAGGAGGAGAUAUGGAAACUGCUGGUUCUGUGGCUGGAGCACGACUGUCGGUACCAGUACACGGAGGACCUGCUCCAGCACGUCCGCUACGGCCUGAUGGACGUCCCCACGCUGCACCACCUGGCCCGCAGCCACCCCCUGGUUCAGUCCAGCCCCACGGCCGCCGCCCUGGUGGACGAGGCCCUGGACUACCACCACGUCACCUUCGUGCAGCCGCUGCGCCAGUCGGCCCGCACCCGGCCCCGCUUCAAGUCCCUCACCCUCUACAUCGUCGGGGGCCGGAAACGCGAGGUGAGCAGGGUCAGGGAGCUGCGCUACUUCAACCCGUCCACGCAGGAGCACGUGCGCGUGGCGGGGGGGUCCAACUGGAGCAGCCUGGCGCCCAUGCCCACGGGCCGCAGCCACCACUGCGUGGCCGUGAUGGGGAACUUCCUGUUCGUGGUGGGGGGGGAGGUGGAGCACGCCACCGGGAGGACGUGCGCGGUCAGGACUGCCUGCAGGUACGACCCCAGGAGCAACCAGUGGACCGAGAUCGCCCCCAUGAAAGCCUGCAGGGAACACUUUGUGCUGGGAGCUUUGGGUCAGUACCUGUACGCGGUGGGGGGGAGGAACGAGCUGAGGCAGGUGCUGCCCUCCGUGGAGCGCUACUGCCCCAAGAAGAACAAAUGGAUGUUCGUCCAGGCCUUCGACCGCUCGCUGUCCUGCCACGCUGGCUGUGUGGCUGAUGACCUGCUCUGGGUCUCAGGCGGAGUAACAAACACUGCUCAGUACCAAAAUCGGUUGAUGGUGUACGACCCAGAACAGGACCAGUGGCUGGCUCGCAGCCCCAUGCUCCAGAGGAGAGUGUACCACGUCAUGGUGGCGGUGAGGAGGCAGCUCUACGUGCUGGGGGGCAACGACCUGGACUACAACAACGACCGCAUCCUGGUCCGCCACAUCGACUCCUACGACAUGGACCUGGACCAGUGGACCCGCUGCUCCUUCAGCCUCCUCACAGGUCAAAAUGAGUCAGGCGUCGCCGUCCAUGACGACAGGAUCUAUGUAGUUGGAGGAUACUCUAUCUGGACCAAUGAGCCGCUGGCGUGCAUUCAGGUGCUGGAUCUGAGCACGGAAGGCAAGGAGGAGGUUUUCUACGGGCCAACGCUGCCGUUCGCUUCCAACGGGAUAGCGACGUGUUUCCUCCCUGCUCCGUAUUUCACCUGCCCAAACCUGCAGACUCUACAGGUCCCCCACCACAGGAUCGGUGCCGUCUAACCGUCGCACGGACAAAAAGCCAGAGAACACAGAUGCACUUUCAGCAGAACUGCAGACAGUCGGUGCCUGCAAACCCGACUGGCACGGACGCACUUAACAGCAACCGUACUGGAAGCUGACUGCUCUCUCGCAGGGGCGUCCAGGACUUUCUGACCCCCAGAUGCAUUGAAAAGUACUUUUUCUGAUUUAUAAGAGCCAUGUUAUUCUCUAAGCUUCUGUGAGGAAGUUGCAGUGUUAUCAUUACAGUGUAUUUGCUGUAUUGUUUCCCAAAAGACAGAUAUGUCAAUCGUUACUGUACGGUCAGUGGAGACAGUGAAAUUACUCCAGAGGGAAGAAAAACACUGACGCGAUGCUACUCCUGCCAAGGAACGGACCGGUGGAAAAGAAACUAUAGCUGACCUGCUCAACUAACCAGAGAUGCUCAAGCAGCUUUUGCGAUCCAUCGUAGGGCUGUAAAAUUAGUGUUUUUUUUAAAGCUAAAAGCAUUUAAAGCUAAAACAUCUUAAUGUUUUUCAAAUAUCAAAAGACAUCUUUUUCUAAUCAAUAUGCAUGAACAAGGCUAAAGCUCCCAAGUGCAUAAAAUACACUUUUUUAAGUUCAUAUGGAGAACAAUAAAAUCUGCGAAAGAAAAUAAAUAAGUUGACAUCCUACAGAAUGUGUGUGCUGUCGACCCGUGUACGUGAGAUUUUCAUCUUGCUCAGGAUCCAAGACUGUUUAUGCUCAAAUGAAUGUCUGGUCAUUGUCUUUGAGCAUAUAUUUAUUGCAUAUUCUCCAAAGUAUGUAACUGUAUGGUCCAAGAUUGUGCUUCAAAAAGACACUUUGAUCAAAGGAUGGAAAAAAAGACAAACAACUCUGAUGCCUGGACUUCCCUCAUCCGUCCAAAGCAAACUGUAUACCAGAACAUGAGACA